UUUUAGUCUGUUCGUUGAUUACAAAGUCGAUGUUUACCUAGUUCGCUGCUGGUGUAUUUGGGAGGCUAGUGCAUGUCCGGGUUUUUUCGUGCGGGUUUUUAACCCUGACCGACGCGGUCGUCUCGGCGCAUCCUUGACGUCGUCGUUUUCCCUUUCUGUAGCAUUUUUAAUGGAAGCCAUAUUCGCAUACUUCCCCUACUCUUCUUGUAAUAACCAAUAAGUUUUUUAUAGGGUUUAUUUUUAAUGAUCCAACACGAAGUAGCGAACCGCUCUUCGUUGGUUUCUAUGACUGCUAUUUUUUGCACAAUUCCGUUUAUAAUUUUUGCGAGCUAGCCACGUCUAACUGCUCCGUUGGUUCAAAAAUUAUUGCGAACCCGUGAAAGUAUGUAGAAAUGCAAGCAGGUUGGUGGAAAAGUUUUCGAGUGCAUAAAAAUUGUAAGAAAAAAUACCAGGAUUUUUGUUUAGUGAAAUUAGUGUACGAAAAACAGUGAACGUUUGUUCGUUGAAAAGUUUGAGAUGAUUUUUUUCAUUGCUGACGUAAAAUUGUCAGGUGAAAUACAGUGACAAUGGUAGAUACACAACAUUUUUGUUUACGUUGGAACAACUACCAAAGCAGUAUUACAUCGGCUUUCGAAAACCUCCGUGAUGAUGAAGAUUUUGUUGAUGUUACUCUUGCCUGUGAUGGAAAAAGCUUGAAAGCCCAUCGUGUUGUUUUAUCCGCUUGUAGUCCAUACUUUAGGGAAUUAUUGAAAUCUACUCCUUGUAAACAUCCUGUGAUAGUCCUUCAAGAUGUGGCAUGGACAGAUCUCCAUGCCCUCGUGGAGUUCAUUUACCAUGGUGAAGUAAAUGUUCACCAGCGCUCUCUGUCAUCAUUUCUUAAAACAGCUGAAGUGUUAAGAGUCAGUGGCCUCACACAACAACAGCACGGGGAUGAACGAGAACCAUUGACACAAGUCCAGGGCUUGGUGCGUUCGCAGCAGCCAACCCCUACCUCAAAUCACCAUCCCGUAUUCCCCGACAAGCUAAUGGAAGACUCCUUAUUUACGUCACCUUCGUCACCAUCGCACAGUACCACGAUGAACCAGCUGUUGCGUCGUGCCGCGAUGCAGCACCGUCGAGAACGACGUAUCUCGUCCGAUCCCGAGAGCGAACUUAAACGAGCGCGUUCCGAUCACCUCCUCGCCAAUAACAAUAACAACAAUAACGAAGUAAACCUCCCUCACCAUCCGCCCCCUCAGACACAACCUGCCGAUUUCUCGCCCAGCGCCAUGAAAAACAACAUUAACAACAUCCUAAAUUUGAAUAAUAGCAGCAGUACCGCCAAUUCGAUUGUCAAUUUGCACAUAAAAAACGAUGUGGAAGGAAACGGGAUCAGUAGUACGGAAAGGGAGUCGCCCUGUUCCCUAUCGCCCUCAAACACAUCGCGCACAAACAACAACGAUGAGAACAUGAAGUCUGAACCGAUGGAACUCCUGUGCAGCACGAACCAGGAGGGUGACAACAGUAACGAUUCGGCCGAUGGGAACAAUGACAGCAUGCCUAGUAGCAAUCUGCCGCAGGGAGGCCCGAUGUCUACCAAUUCAAUGGGAGACCAUGACGACCACGACAGCCCCAUAGGACCCUACUUGACGCCGUCAGAGAGUAAAUUGUUCGCCACUGCUGCAGGAACGUUCAAUUUCAGUAUGGCGGCAUUAGCUGCCGAUCCAACAGCCUUAGGGGGAUUGAACCACACACUCCAGGCUAGUGCUGACAGUUUGGCGGGUACGUCUCAAGGCGCUACCACCACCGCUGCCGGCAUGCGAAUGCCGCCCCCGACAUCGGGCGGAAUCAACGAGCCCCAGGAGUGCCCUUAUUGUCGUCGCACCUUCAGCUGCUACUACUCCUUGAAACGUCAUUUCCAGGACAAACACGAGCAGUCCGACACCCUCUACGUGUGCGAAUUCUGUCAUCGACGUUAUCGUACCAAGAAUUCACUCACAACACACAAGAGUCUACAGCACCGCGGCUCCAGCGGCAUGCUCAAGCGCCUGCUCAAAACGUCUGCCAUCAAGAGCGUCCUAGCGGCACAGCCACAACCGCCACCCCCGCGCCUACUAUGACCAUUGACCACUACUACUACUACCACCACUUCUUCGCCACACACGUUGCCGCCACUGUCGCCGCCGUGCUCCCGUCAACCGGCCUAAAAACAGCCUACACGGUGACGAAACGAUUGAUAACAAAUCAUAACAUUAUAUACAUAUAACGAUCAAAUUAUCACUACUGCUGCUACUACUGUUAUUAUUAAUAAUCAUCUAUUCCUACUUAUUAUUGCGUUUAAAAUAGAGGUAAUCACGACCUAAAAAAAUCAUCUUGUUAUUUCUUGAAUGUAGGGGAAGAACAACUUGCUCCUUAAUAAAUAAUUUCGGACAUGUUAACAAAAACUAAAGCGGCCAAUCUGCUCAAAA